UUUUAGUCACUUGCCUCGUUGGGUUGCAAACCUUUAUGAAUACCGCAACUAAUAGCCCGGGCUUGUGUGAUGUGGAGAAUUGCUUCAGCACAGAGAGACUGCAAACCUGUUCAAUUAAAGGAAAUGCUCAGAUCCAGCUGUUGGAGCCCCAUGAAUGCCAGUACUCCUCACAGAGACCUGAGUACCGAGGACUGGGCAUGGAGAAGGAAGACAUUGGAAUGGGACAAACCACAGGAAGAAAUGAUGAGCCAUUGACCCAGGGUUCAGCUGAGUGGCAAAAGCCAUCUCCUCAAAGGCAGCAUCUGAGCCCUCAGGCCCUCUGCAAGAAAUUUUGCUGUAGAAAUCCUCUCUGCACGUGCCUAGGAGCCAAAAUCAGCCUUUUCUGGUGGUUGGUGAAACAGUGUAAGACCUUUGAAGGAAAUUGUUACCAUGUCCUUUGUCUUGCUGUGAGGUGAGUUAAAAUGCAAAACCAGAGAAAAACUGUGGUCCAGUUUGAUGCAGUGGCAUAAAUCAAGAUUUGGAAAUAUAAAGUGAGUGGGCUGAAAACAA